GGAGUAUGAAAGUGUUGGCGUAACGUUACAAUAAUCACAUUGAGCAGAGAGAGAGAGGGGAAGAAAACUCAAACUCAAACAAAAAGCGAUUCGUCGUUACGUAUAGAUUGUGAUCUCUUUUUCUUUGAAUUUCAUUCCAUGUCGCCAACAACGAAUAGCUUCUAACUAUUCGGAUCUCUGUGCUGUGCUUUGAGUGUUGAAUUUUGAGUUUUGAGCGAUGGCAGCAGCACCUGCAAGAGCUCGUGCCGAUUACGAUUACCUCAUCAAGCUUCUUCUUAUCGGCGACAGUGGUGUGGGGAAGAGUUGUUUGCUUUUGAGAUUUUCUGAUGGCUCCUUCACAACCAGUUUUAUCACCACCAUUGGCAUUGAUUUCAAGAUAAGAACCAUUGAACUUGAUGGCAAACGCAUUAAGUUGCAAAUUUGGGAUACAGCUGGUCAGGAGAGAUUCCGAACCAUUACUACAGCUUAUUAUCGUGGAGCCAUGGGUAUCUUGCUGGUUUAUGAUGUUACCGAUGAAGCUUCUUUCAAUAAUAUUAGGAAUUGGAUUCGCAAUAUUGAACAACACGCUUCUGACAAUGUAAACAAGAUACUUGUGGGAAACAAGGCUGAUAUGGAUGAAAGUAAACGGGCUGUACCUACCUCCAAAGGUCAAGCUCUUGCUGAUGAGUAUGGUAUCAAGUUCUUUGAAACUAGUGCAAAAACAAACAUGAAUGUGGAGGAAGUUUUCUUUUCAAUAGCAAGAGAUAUCAAGCAAAGGCUUGCAGACACCGUUUCUAGUACUGAGCCCCAGAGUAUCAAGAUUAACCAACAAGAUCAGGCAGCCAAUGGUGGUCAGGCUGCACAAAAAUCGGCUUGCUGCGGUUAAUGAAAAGAACCAGUAUCUGCAGUAAGAGGGUGCAGGUUCCCAGUAGCGCUCAUUUGGGUGCUAAUGUUAUUCUGAUGACAAUAUUAGUGGAGAGCAUGUAUUUGUUUCCUCUUUAUCUUCCAACUUCACAUGUCGUGUUUUAAGAUUUACAUUUUAAAGUUUUUUCUCGUGUAAUUGGUGGAAUUUGUGCUGACUUAUUUAAUUGCUUCAAUUUCGUCUUUUAUAUGUAGUCUCUAACUCUUGAAAAGAUAUCUUGACAAAUAGAUUAUGGCAACACUCCAGUUACAAAGUA